AUGGACCGACUUAGCCCAAUAUCGACUGAUUCUGGGUUUGAGUCAUGUUGCUGUCCAUCGAGUCCUACCACAUCGUCUUCUAGCGCCAAGUUUGUUCGUUCUUCAUGUGUCACGUCACCACCCUCUUGCACAGUUAUACACCAGCCUGCCACCGAUGAUCAUCAUGUCAUUUGUGACCUGACGCCGUCAAGCAGUGAGAUUUCACUGUAUCGUGAGGAUUCUGUUUCUUUGGACUCAAUCUCGACCUCUUCUCUAAAUAAUGAUUGUUCUUCGAGCUGCGUAGCUUGUACAUCAAUUGAUAGCCAGGUCUCCGAUUAUGGCGAGGGUUCUAGUUCUGAGUGCAAAUCACGUUUUGUUGACGGCGGUUCGGUCAGAUAUCACUGCUUAUGGAGCGGUUGUGAGAAUAUUUUCGAGACAGCUGAUUAUCUUUACGAUCACGUCACUGAGCUUCAUAUCAACGUUCUGCGGGAUUUGCCCUCUGACCUUUUGAAGGCGAAACAACAGGAAAAAGAGGAUGAUGAGCCUAUCAAAUGUCACUGGGAUGACUGCACAAUGUUCCUCCGUCGAGGAGAUCAGCAGAAGAAGAUAUCCUGGCUCGUAGAUCACUAUCGGACUCGUCAUGCGCGAGCUGCUAAUCCUUUCCAUUGCGUAAUUGAAGGGUGUCAGACGCGUUUUUCAACAACGUACAAUGCGAGAAAGCGUUCGCCUGGAACAUAUCAACCCACACCGCCUGGAACAUAUCAACCCACCCAAGCCAGUCAAGGAAUCUCCGGUUGUGGUAAAAAGGGAGAGCUGUUAUGGUUGGCGACCACGGUUUUGGCAUACUUAUUUCGGCCUCCUUUAGGACCUCGUCCUACAAUGUACUGCCCACAUUUCGACGAAAAGCUCUUAAAAUGCGUUCGCGUGAUGAACAAGCAUAAUUUCGACGUCGCCUUCACUCCUGUCGAAUUUAACGCCGAUUUGAGAGGAGCUAAACGAAGAAAAUGUCGACAUCGCUAUGCAUACCGAAUAGAGCCUUCGAGUUCACUGCCUCCAAAACUGUCGAAACAGGAAGAUACUGCUGCCUACGACGUUGAGAGGUUAAGAGAAGUGACGACUAUUUUCGACCUUUUCCCUCCAUUGAAGAUACCUGUUACAACAGAUGAAUCACCUAUGGAAACGAAUACUGCCUGA